AUGAAAACAACAAAGUUAAUUUUUCUGUGGUUACUAGCCCUUCAUGUCAAUGCUGUUCCACUCCCCAAUGCCGAGUCUCGUACACCAUAUGAAUUUCAUUUAGGCGGCUCAGAGACCCCAGUAAAUCAGACAGCUUUACAUUCACCUCAUACAGCUACCAUAAUUGAUAAGGAUACGAAGUUACCCCAUGGUUCAGAUGAACUGGAUUCAAAUAAUGGUACCCUGACACUUUCAACUCAUCCAGAAAGUUAUCCACACCAUGACACCUCAACAAGGAACUCUCCUCCAAAACAUUAUACAGAAAAAUCCCCAUAUCUCAUAUUAAUUCCAAUAUGUUUUAUUCUCGGACUAUUUUGGGCUAUUCUUUCAUACUGGCCUUUGAAAUACAGUUAUAAUUUGUUGAUUAAGAAAUGGUGUGAUAUUGAGCUUGGUGAUUAUUCAAAAGUUUCAACAAAUUUUAGAAAAGUAUUCUGUUUUCAAUUCUUUCUUUUGGUUAUUGUGGUCAUUAUUUUUAUGAUCCCCUCCCUUCCGUGGUUUAUAGCAGGAGGUAUUGGUUUUGCAGUUCAAGAAUUUUUCCACUGGUUAGCAAGACGAAACAAUGAUCGAUUUGAUAGAGAGCGUGCAAUUCAACAAGGAGCUGCGAAAGAAACCAAAAAAUACACUAGAGUUACCAGAACAGAUGUGGAUGAAUAUGUACCACAUUUUGAUACAUUGUUGGCUCAAAGUUACAAGCCAACAUCAAAGUCAAGAAGUUUUAAUGAUUUCACCAAAUUUGGGAAACUGAAAUCAGAGAAACCAGACUUGGUGUCUGAGGAUUUUUGUGUGUUGUGUUUGGAUGCGUAUUCUGAUGACUCGGAGGUUUUAUUGUUACCAUGUGAACAUUAUUUCCAUUUCAAGUGCUUCAGAAGAAUGGGGAUAAUGCCCCAGGAGCUUAUAAUUUUCAAGUAUAUGAUCUCUCAUCGCUGCACCCUUAUGGAUACUAAUAAUGACAUUUGGUAG